AUGCAGGACAUUUUUCGUGAGGCAAAGCUCCGGCGCCGAAGUCUCUACGAAGUUGCGGAGACGUUCGACCGAAUAGCCAGGGAAGAGUACAGCUCGAUUCUGAAGCAAGUGGUGGAGGAGGCGGGCCGGGAGAUGCGCGACAACGAGCUCAGGUGGCAGAACGUCGGCGAGAAGAAGAAGACGGCAAGGGAGCGCCUCGAAGCUGCUGUUUCGCACGACGAGGCCGAGGUACAGGAGGCCGGUGAGGCGUCGAGGGACGAGGAAGGUCGAGGACGCACGGGAGAGGCGACGCGCCAGAGUCCUUCCUUGUGGCCUUCAGACGCGUUGCCUGCGCGCGGAGACGUCAGAGAAGUAUCUAGGAACAUGUUCGUUCUGUCAGUUCCGGAGCGCAGCGACGCUGCUCCCAGUCGUUCUUCUCCCUCUGCUCCUAUGGUCCUCAACGCGUCUUCUGCUCUUGCCGACGCCUUCCCGGCGCAUGCAUGGAAGCCAGCCACCGAGGCGAAGCAGCGAGAGACGGUGACGCGCCUUGACGAGAGACUCAGCUCCGCACAGACGGCGGCUGCUGUGCUGUCGCUCGCAGAUGCACGUCUCGCUUUCUUGCGUCUCAGUGAAGUGGCGAAAGUUUUUGGCCGCGUGUGUCAAGUGACAAAGGUUCGCGGAGAAGAACUGAAAGACGAUCCAAGGUAUGAGAGGCUCGUAACUGCCCUCGACCUUCGCCUGCAGGAGGAACUCCAGGCGGUGACUCAGCAGCUCGCUCUCGAGGGUCGACGCAUGCAGAUGGAGGCCCAGAAGAGAGAACAAGGCAACGACGGCGCCUCAAUGCUCGGCCAAGACCUGCGCCUGCGGAAGGAGACGGGUCGAGAAACGGACGGACAGGCAAGAGGCUGGAGGCAAGAAUCUAGCCGGGAGGCGCGGGAGGCUGGACGUCAAGGUGGAGGACAGAGCGAGGGCGGGAGAGAAGGAGACAGAGUCGCGCAAUUGCAAUUCGAACUGCGUCCAGCGGACCUCGUGGCUCUAGCACAGGCGCUACGACGCUCCCACCUCGCCUUAGAUCUCGACAUGCUUCUGCGGAAUGUGGAACUUAUCGCGCUCCUCCAACUUCCUUCAUUCUCGCUUCAACAACUAUGCGAGUUCAUCCGCGCUCUCGGCCACAUGCGGACCACAGGCCUGCGGCCGCUUUCUCGUCCUUUUCUGUCUCGCGCUGUGGCUCGCGUCGGCGACCUGCUCGCUGCUGCUCUGAACGCGCACGGGAAACCCUCUGGAGAACAGGCAGAGAGAACAGAUGGACCUGCGGCCAGGAACUCGCCGCAGGGACGAACUGUGGACGAACGCGGAGACAGACAGCAAGCUGCCAUGUCACUUGCUGUGUGUCCACUGUUGAGAGAGACAGGAUACCUCCAGGAGGGACAUGGGAGAAUCGGACGGGGCGAUAUAACGACCUCUCUGUUAUCCGCAGUAAACGACGUGGUCGAGACUCUUCCAUUUCUCUCCACCUUUGAGGAAGAGUCGUUUCUCCCUGCUGAGCGUCGAACCGCUCCUGUCUUCACCAAGUUCUUCCGGCGGACUCUUGGCCGCGCGUGGGCCGAGAUGGCGGCUGUCAAGAACCCCCAACUUCUGGGAGACUGUGACCUUGUCGGGACCCACAGUCUGCAUCGCCACAGGCUCGGCUCGAGCCUGUCACCGUCACUCGAGGACCUGAGGCUGCUCCGUCGAGGUGCGAGGGGCGCCCGUGAAGGACGAGACGCGCUCGAGGGUGCAGGAGACAAACAGGAGGCGGGAGAAGCGAUUGGAGAGACGCGCAACGACGAGAGGGAAGCGAGCAAACGUCUUCAGAGAAUCAACGAGCUGAGAUGUGUGGCCAAGACCGUCAGGGGCGUCUUGAAAGCAAGCGACGUGGACGACCAGACCGUCAUCUCGGCUCUGACUCGGUCAGCUGUGUCCCUCGUGAGUGAUCACUGGAGAGACGAAAGUCGGGAAGGCGAAGCUGAAGCUCAGUGGGAGGAGGAUUCGCUCCUCGCUCGUGAACUAGCAAGAGCGCGAGCACUUCUCGAAGUUUUGUCUGCCCUUUCGGAGGCAGGAGCGCUCAGUCAGGAACUUUGGUGGGCGGUGAGACGCGAUCUACGCCGAGUCCUCCCCUACCUCUCUCUCUACCACCUCGACCUUGCUGGUCGUCUGCAUUGCCAAAGUGCGACUAUCGGCCGUUUUUCCAGACGAGUGCACUCUGAAGACAAGAGGAACAAAUGUGCGAACAAAUGCUCGGAAGCAAGAGGGGAGGUGGACGACGCUAAAGCCGAGCAGCCGGAAGCAAGAGAGCGACAGCGGGGACAGAGGCGUGAAGAGCAAGAUACGCGAGAAGAAACGCAGUUCCUGGAGGCUCUUCUUCGCGUGUUUCGUGCCCGGACUCGGAGCAUGAAUAAUCGCGAACUGUCAACAUUUGCCGACCGCCUCGUCGCCAGGCCCGCCUGGUUGGGAACAGCGAACUCCCCCAGUGCACGAGAUCUCGUUGCCACGGUGUUUUCUGAGAUUCGCGAGCGGUACAUUGACGCUAAGGAGGAAACCCAUGGCCGGCCAGGCCUCAUGCUGAGGCCCCUGAUGAAUCUCGCUCUUCUCGCGGGGGGUUGGGGGGUCAUCUCUCUGCAGGUUAUGUUCGACUUUCUUUGCCACAGUCUUCAGAGCCACCGCGCUGACCUUGAAACUGCAGAUCUGCUUGUCCUCAGCGAAAGUCUCCAUGACUUUGCAGUCCGCCCCGAACUCCUUCAUGAGCCGGGACUCGAGACGCUUCUGUUCUUCAUUUUGGACAAAGUGGAGGAAACCGUGGAAACUCUGAGAAAGUCCGCAGCGGAUUUGCCUGACGACCUCCACGCUGAACUACAGAACUUCAGCCUUGCGGACUCCGUGAGGGGGAAAGUUCACAUGAUCUUGGGGGCCCUUACCCCCUUUUUGCGAGCUCUCGCCACCCUCGAGAAGGAGAUCUCUGUGGCACUCGGAAGCGAUGCGGCAGUCAAAAACGAGCGAAAGCUGGAAGCGAACUGUGAAGGACAGUCGUGCGCGUAUUUCCUUCGCGAAAUUGGCAACAAUUGA